CACAAGACGAAAGACGCACUCGCUGAAGAGGACACCAGCUAUAUACUGGGGCUAAAAUUAGUGACGGGUAGUGCGUAUUUCCUCCGCUUCGUACAAUUGGUCCAGCAUCCACUGCCGUGAUAUUUAUAAGAUAAGUUCUUACACCACUCAUACUUGUUAUAUGAGUUUGAAACAGAGUGUGUAAGAGCAGAAACCUGAGUUGUAGUUUACUACAACCAAAGUUUCUUUGAGGGAUUGUAACUGGUCUUAAUUUUUUAUUGUCACUGGGACAACUGGAAAUGGCUUUGAGUGGAACAAUUUUACCGUCAAUUUCGACAUUUUCAGCACAGAAGGGAAAAUGUUGGGAAAACAGGUGGAAGGAGGAAUUCGACAGGUCCAUGCAUACCAGCUGCUUGGUUGACAUUUCAAACAUGGACAACCACUGCAGAUCAACAGAGGACGAAGAUCUCGAUAAAUAUCUGGAUCUGGAGUUUAUUCUGGCCAACACCACUGGUUCUGACAAUCUCGGACUGGGCUUGGGAGGCGACUACAGAAUGCAAGAGUCUAGAAACAUGUACAACCCACCAGGGCCUCCCAGCACCUACUCAGUGCCUGAGAUCAACUCAUCACCGCCGCCGUAUAGUACCAGCCUUAUGGCAGAGCUUCUGCAGUCCGAUGUAGACACCUACUGCCAGCCAUCUCUGUCCAACAACACCCAGGGAAGAUUCCUGGUCAGGUCUGUGUUCCCCAAUCAGGACAUUUCGGAGUGUAUUAAAGUAGAGCCCUGCAUGGACAGUUACGGACCUGUUAGGGGAAUGGUUCCCAAAGUGAAACAGGAGGGAAGUGGUGCAUGCAUGCGGUCAUACGAGCAGCCAAGGUUGGCCAACUCUCCACAGGGUGCGGGCAGCAUGACCCCACCACAGAGCCCUGCGGAGCUCAUCAACACGGACUGUCAGUCACAGAUGUGCCAUGCAAUGACUUUCACACAGGGUUACCAAGGCAGUGCGGGGUUCCCCCAGAUGCAGCUGUCGUACCCAAAUGCGCAUCACUUCAGCGUGUGCGAUGAUGGGCUCAGGAUGCCCAGUGCCAACCAAAGAGUGCUUCUGACGCCUCCUUCAUCUCCCCUGGAGAUGGACACCAAACCAAAGAGGGGAAGACGCACCUGGCCGAGGAAACGGACAGCGACUCAUACUUGCACUUUUUCUGGAUGCGGCAAAACGUAUACCAAGAGUUCCCACUUGAAGGCGCAUCAUAGAACACACACAGGUGAAAAGCCUUACCAUUGCAGCUGGGAAGGUUGUGGCUGGAAGUUUGCCCGCUCCGACGAACUGACCCGCCACUUCCGCAAACACACCGGGCACCGACCCUUCCAGUGCCACCUGUGCGAACGCGCCUUCUCCAGGUCUGACCAUCUUGCCCUCCAUAUGAAGCGCCAUAUGUAGGAAUGGACUCAAAUAUUUGGACUAAAUGCACUGAACAAUGAACAUCACAGUGAUGUUCGAAGAAAGCAUUUUCUCUAACCCAUCUAUUUAAUGUUUGUUUAUAAAGCCAUAGUCUACAUGGAAACAUGAACUGACAUGACAUGACAUGUUGUUGAAUCCUAUAGCCAUACAGUCUUUUGCAAUGUGGCUGGUUCUGCACUUCAAAUCAAGUUAAAUAUAUACAUUUAUUUUUUUUCCAAAAAGCUUUAAGAAUACCAAAAAAAAAAUAAGUUCAACACAUGUUAGGCUGGACCUAAACCACAGAUGCAACUGGAAAGAUGCAACACUUACAAAAAUGUGUAAGUUAACAUGAUGUUGCUACUAUGAACAUCACGAUAGUGCCUUUUAAUACAUGUAUACAUCUCACAAGUGCCAAUUUUCUUCUUGGCAUUUUUCAAAAUGUAUGCUAUUGUUUCAAGAAACUAAAUAAGCUUUUAUAAGACAAUGUUUUUCUCUUUCAAAACUGCCUUAAAAGUUAACAAAGGGGCGUUAAGUGAAUGUUUGAAGUUAUUUGUGCAUUUAUCGACAUAAACAUUUAAAAAAAAUCAGGGUCUUUUGGUUGUUGUUUUCUUUUUUCUAACGUAUUCUUACAAUUCAUAUGUUUUUAAUGUGCAUUGCAGACUGUCCCGUGUUUAAAUGACACGAUAAGGGCUAUGUGAGUCGUUCUGGAGCAAACUUAUUAUGACUUGUACAUAAUUUACUGUAAAUAUUGUACUUAAUGUAUAUAUUAAAUUUAACUGAGAUAUAA